CCUCCUCCACUGAAAAACCAGAGUUGUGCUCCUCCUCUUUGCAGUGAGGGAGAACCAGAAAAAGUGUAAGAGAGAAAACUUGUUCUCUGUCUCUCUUCUUUCUCUAUCUAUACCUAUAGAUAACUCUAUAUUUAGUGAAGGAUAAAAAGUGGACAGUGAGAAAGAAACAAGGGAAGGAGAUUUUAGCAAAAACCCCAUAAAGAUUCAAUAAUUUUUCUGUGUUUUGAGAGAUUCAGGAAAACCCCAUUAAAAUUUAAUAUCUUUCUCUAUCUGGGUGUGUCUGGAAAUGGCUGAAGGGAAGGGAAACACAAAGAGAUUGUCUAUAAAUCUUUCCCUUUUUGCCCUCACUGAUCACAGUAGCAACAACAAAUCUCCUAAGAAGUUUGAGGAUCCAAAUGGUGCUGUUGUUGGACUUGGAAUUGUGGCAGCCAUGAAUAAGAACAGUAACUCUAGUAGUAGAGCUGCAAUUAUUGCUAUAUCUCCAAGAUCAACUACUUCAAACCCAAUCCCAAUUUUCACUACGAAAAGUAGUCCUAAGAAGAGGCCCAGUAUUGAAAAAAUGGAGAUGUGUGAGGAGUACACUUGCGUCAUUUCUCAUGUGGGUACCAAUUUGAUUAAGAAAAGAGAGUAUUUUGAUGGUGAAUUUAUAGGAAACAGCAACUCUAAUGCCUACCAGAAAGCUGCUAUUGCUGUCAAUCAUACAGCAAAUUUUACAACGGCUGAUUUCCUGAAUUCUUGCUUUCUUUGCAAGAAGCAGCUUAAGGGGUUGGAUAUUUUCAUGUACAGAGGGGAGAAGGCAUUUUGUAGUGCAGAAUGUCGUUGCACACAGAUAUCAAUCGAUGAACACAGAGAGAAAUGUGGUUCUGGAGCCAUGAAAUCGCUCAGUGACUACUCUGUUUCUCCUUGCUCGGGUCCAAUGCAGUUUUUCACUGGUGUAGCCGUGGCAUAACUCAAAAAUCCCGUAUGGUUUACCCCCAACGUUACAUAAUAUAUAAAUAAAUAAAAAGUUAUAUCGGUUUUGAAAGGUACCUGAAUAAGAAUUGGUACCGACGGGCUUAAGAGAGAUGGUAGAUAUUUAUGUCAAGGACACAUCCUGAGCAGGCAAUCUCUAUAAUUCAAAGGAGUAUGAAAAAAUAUUCUGGGAAAGAAAGCAUGUAAUGAAGUUUGUUAUAAGCUGGUAAACAGGUAUUACGUUUUAAACAUAAGUUGGAAAUCAAAUAACACACCAUUUUGAGUCUUGA